AUGCUCCGUCGCUGUUUGGAUGAUUUCCGGGGCUUCUUGCCCGCUCGGUACCGGUAUGCACACACACAGCCGACGCCUCACCAUCACGUCCAUCAUGCACCCCUGCCAUCGCCGCAGUCUCGACAGGCCAAGAAGCGGCUACAACGGCAGUUCGCCAAGAUUCGCGAGUUCAUGUACAUCGCGGUGUAUGUGGUCCAGCUUCUGUACUACCUAUGGAGCAUCCCAUUUCGAUUGGGGUUUAUCUUCGAUCCUUACGACCAUGCGAGCGAUGUAGCUUACGCCGACAUUGUGUGGCCAUACCUUGUCCUCGACAUUGCUGCCGACUCAUUUGGAGCAGUGAACUUUUACUACUUUGUUCAAGCGCAAAGAAUGCAAUCGCCGUCCAAACGAGGAGGUUCUGAAACGAGCAAGACGUGGCGCAACUCGACUAGCUCCCACCACGCCCCGCGACUCGGUGGUGGCAACGUUGCAGGUGGAACGACCAGUAGCUCGCUGGUUCGGCCACACAAGACUGGUCGUCGAAGCACUUCUAUUGACUCAAGAAACGCCACGGUGUCGUUCCGGCACUUGCACUUUAUCACGAGCAUCUCGGCCAGGACGCUGGCCUACAUUCCAUCCUUUCAGUUGCUCCUGGAAGGGAUUGCCCUCCUACCGAUGGACGUUGUCGCGUACUAUGUCGGUGGAGUGAAUGCCGUCCACGUAUCCCGGCUGCCCAAGUUGCUGCGUCUGAUCAAUCUCGGUCGCGUCGUUAGCGCAUUCAAAACGUACCUGGCCACGCACAAUCUGCUUGUGCAACUGCACAACAUCGCCAAGGGAUUCUUGGUCACCAUGGCUCUAUUCAACUUGAUCGUGUUUCACUGGAUCGGGUGCGGCUACAUGUUGGCGGCCCACCUCGAGUGCGGUCGAUACCUCGACCUCUGUGAGCCAUCCGAUGGUUCGAACGCUUCUCAUCAACGUCGACUGUCUGGCGCGGUGGCGACUGUCACUGGCAAGACGUGCUGGGCAAUUGAAAAACAACUGGGCGACCUCAACUUGUUUGCGCAGUACGUUCGCACGAUGCUCAUCGUGACGUACGGUGACGCCACGUCGUACUCGUUUGCCGAGCGGUGCAUGUCGAUUUGCAUUCAAGUCGCACGGGCUCUCAUGAGCUGUGCACUCAUCGGCGGAUUCGAGUUGGUCCAUGGCCAUCAAAACACGAGCCGAUCGGCGUACAUCGCUCUCGUCGAAGAUGCGCGCGAGUACUCCAAGUCGCGCAACCUACCCAUGCAUUUACGUAACAAGGUGCUGGGGUAUUUUGACUACUUUUGGCGCGUCCAGCUCGGCAUCCUCGAAACCAACGUGAUUGCGACCCUCCCCAUCCAUUUCCAAACCCAAUGCAUCGACGUCCUCAAGGCGCAAGUCAUUGCCCGGGUACACUUCCUCGCAGACGAACGCCCGAACGUGAUCCAAAACUUGGCCACGCUCCUCACAUCCCAAGUGUACAUGCCGCUCGACUGGAUCACAAAAACGGCUCGCGUUCGAGAAAUGUCGUUCAUCUCGAGGGGCCGAGUCGUGCUGGUCGACAAGUUGGACAACAUUCAGUUUAAGCUGACCCAAGGCGACACAUUUGGUGACAUUGCGCUCUUUGUCGAGCACGGAUUUGCGUACAAGGCGCUGGCCGAAACGUUCUGUGAGCUGUAUCAGCUCAAUCGCGACGUGUUCGAGACCGUCCUCGGUGCGUUCUACACUCAAGACGGCGCGCUCGAAGCCAAGAAGGCCGCGAUGGCCGCUGCAAUUGAGCAGCGCGAGCACCAGUUGCUCAAGACGCAAAAGCUGCUAGGCCAAACAACCUCGCUGACAACGUUGCUCGCGAGCCACGACCGCAGCGCCGGCAAGUGGACGCUCCCUAACUCAAAGUUUCGUACCACGUGGUCGGCGCUGUAUUUGGCGUCGCUCGUGUAUGUCGCGGUCGAAGUCCCGUACAAGCUCAUCUUUUCCAACUCGGAAAACGUGUCAGAUUUCCUCCUCAACACGCUCAACUAUGCGUCUGCGAUGGGGAUGGAGCUCUUCCACGGCGCGCACAUCAUCCUCAUGAUGCGAUACUUUGCCUUCGAAGACAAGUCAUCCAUCGUCAAUACGGCGCCAGUCGUCGACUCGGACCUCAUCUUUGCGCGGUACAAAGAGUCGAAGGACCUUUGGUGGGACUUAGCGGCGGUCGUUCCGAUUGCGCUGGUCGGAGAUCUCAUCCCCCAGGACACGGGAGCAUUUGUGAACGUCCUUCGCGCGGGCCGAAUCCUCCGCCUGCUUCGCCUCCGAUACUUUCAGUCGGUGUUGUCCGACGUCCUCGAAGCCUACCACGUCAGCACGUCGAUGCAAACCGUCGUGUACCUGUCUAUGGGCGUGCUCUUGGUCACGCACAUCGCAGGGUGCUUUUGGUUUUUCAUUGCCGACAUGCAAGUUCCUCGCGCCGUCGUGUACGGCAUGGACUGGGUACGGAGCGACUUGACGCUCUCCAAGUGCAUGUACGACGGCGCGCACUAUGCCAACUGCACUUGGUUCCUCUACGAUGCGGUGCACUACCCCCACAACGACGAAUACCCGCGAUCUCUGUUUUGGUCGGUCAUGACGCUGACGUCCGUCGGGUACGGCGUCAUCUUUCCGUUCACGACGGCCGAAUGCGUCUACGCGUUUGUGUGGUUCUACUUGAGCGGGCUCAUCAACUUUGGCGUGAUCGGGGCGAUUUCGUCGGCGAUCGCGCAACUCAUGGCCAACGAAAACCGGACGCAGGACACGCUGCUCCUCAUCAAUCGGUUCAUGAAGUUCAAGGGCGUGAGCCCGACCGUCCAAGCCGACAUCCGACGGUAUUACAAGAAUCAAUGGGUCCGAGAGAAAGGCGUGAGCGAAGAAAUGUUUUUGUCCGUCCUUCCUGACAACGUCCAACACGAAAUCCUCACGUUUCUCCACGCGGAGACGCUGCACCACGUCAGCCUCUUUCGUGACACGGGCGACGAAUGCAAGCAAGUGAUUGCGUCCAUCAUUCGCCACGAAAGCUACCAAGCCGGCGACUAUGUCCUGCACGCCGGGGAUCUCGGGUGCGAUCUCUACAUCCUCCGGUCCGGCAACGUCGAGCUCCGGACGGCCCAGCGGACCCCCAUGCGAAUCCUGCAUCCCGGCGAUUGCUACGGCGAGUUCAAUUUUGUUCUGGAAGUGCCGUACAACGCGACCGUCCAGGUCAUGGUGUCCACCGAGCUCAGUGUCCUUCGCCGCAACGAGUUUGACCAGAUCAUCAAGUUUUUCCCCGACGAGUGGGAGUACAUUUACAACCGAGCGCUCGUCGCGCAAGCGCAUGAAGAGUCGCUGUGGGCGCGCAUGCAGGCCAACAUGCGGCGCGACAAACUCAUCAACUUGACCCAACACAGCGUAACGCUGUACGUCCAGCCUCCGCGGGAAACUGGCGUGAUUCCUCCGACCCAUCCGUUUCGACGGGCGUGGACAGUCAUCUUGGCGACUGCGAUCUUGUACAACCUGUUUCUGGUCGUGUUUCGGCUCGCGUUCCUGCAGUACCCGUCCCCCGACACGAUGAGCGCGCUGUGGACGUCGAAUCUGCUCUUUGACGGCGUCUACUUUGUCGACAUGUACCUCAACUAUUGGCACUUUACCGUCGACUUGGACGGAUUUGUACACUUGGACAUGGCCGAUUCCCGCGCCCACUACCGAAAACACAAGUUUCGGCGCGACGUGGUCGCGAGCUUGCCGCUCUACUACGUCGGCAACACGUACGUGAUGGCAUGGUGCCGCGUCCCUCGGCUCGUCCGAAGCAUGGAACUACCCGCCAUGACGACUCGACUCCAGCUCUGGAUCCAGGAACGCGUUGUCAGCGCCAAACUCUCUGCGAUUCUCCGCCUCGUCAAGCUCCUCCUGGCCUUAAUUGCGGUCGCCCACGUCACGGGCGCCAUCUACUACUUUCUAGGCGAUCCUGCCGCCCACGCCCACGACGACGUCGCGUCGAGCCACGAGUGGUUUGUGAUUGACCUGAUCAUUCGACACUACGAUGGCAACGCCGUCGUCGCGUACAUUCGGUCGUUCUACUGGGCGCUCACGACGGUCACCGCGAUGGACUACCGCGAUAUCCACCCGGCGAGCAACAUCGAAACGUAUUACACGUGCCUUGCGUGCUUUGGGGGCUUCUUCUUUGUCGGGCAGGUUAUUGGGCAACUGACAUCGAUCAUCGUGCACAUGGACAAGGAGGCGAAUGAGUUUGACGAGCGGAUUGAAAAUUUUGACGAGUACGCGCGGUCGCAGAACCUGCCGCAGUUCUUACUCGAGCGUGGCCACCAAUACUUUGAGUACCAGUUUGACUGUACGAGGGGAAUGGAGGCCGACGUGAUCUUCAGCGAGCUCCCCCACAGCUUGCGCAUGAAACUCUUUUACGACUUGUACGGCAGUCGCUUGCGCGGCAUCUCGCUCUUCUACACCAUGGAUGCAGCAACUCUUGCCAGCAUUGCCGAGCGCUUGAUUCCCGUGCUUUACCUCCCUCACGACAACAUCAUCGUCGAGGGCGGCAUCGGCGCCGCGCUGUACAUCAUGCACCAAGGCCGCGCCGAAAAGUACGUCCGGGUCAGCAACCUGGUCGUGGCAGCUGUGCACGAAGGAACCAUGUUCGGAGAGCUCGCGUUCUUCCUGCCGCAUACAACGCACGCCACGUCCGUUCGCGCCGUCACGUGCUGCGAAUUGUUGCGUUUGGAAAAAGCUGACUGGAUUGGGCUGUGGCCAUUGUCCCGCCGCCGGGCGAUCGAGGACGCGAUGCAGACGGAAUUGAGGCUCAAGCACGAGUACUUGACGUCGGCGACGAAAAACAUUCUCAAGAACCUCAUAUCGACCAAGAGAUCCAAACCACACGCCAAAGUACGCAAGCAAAUCUUGUCGAGUCUCCGCCGCAUGUCGACCUAUGGCCGCAAUCGUUUGAUCGUGUUCAAGGAGCUCGCGGCCACGUCGAUCGCGAUGGCGCCGAUCCGUGACAAGCUGCGUCCCCGACAGCCCAAGGCCAAGAACAGCUCGUCGCGGAUCCAUCCCGUUCGAAGCGACGACGAGAGCACGGGUCCCGUGAUCAAGCCCAUGAAGAAGCCCAAGCCCCAGCGUACGAUCAAAUCGAGUUUCAAGCGCGAGAGUCCCAACACCGUCAAGCGCAUGCGAAACAGGUUGAACAGCGUCCAGCUCGUCUACGCCUCGGAUUCUGCCCAGUCGACUCGGUCGAGCCGUUCGGUCAAUGAACGAAGCAGCAACAAUUCGUCGCUGCCACCUGCUUACCCGGGUGAAGACCUCAAAGACGAAGACGUGGCCGACGUCGAAGUCCUGGACGAGACAGACGAUCACUUUCAACACUUGAACUUGCUGCGUCGGGCGUCCAUAGGAUCGGUGACCCCCCACGGCGCGCCAGACUUGGUCGAGAUGGCGUCGAUUUGGGGUGAUUUGCGAUUGCCCACGGCGUGGACGCGGCCCCAUUCGUUUUUUCGCAAGUCGUGGGACAUGGUCAUGCUGGCGGUCGUCAUGUACUACAGCGUGGCGAUCCCCAUGCGCGCGUGUUUCAUUGUCCCGGACUUGAUGGGGGCGGCAGCAACGAACGCCAUCGUUCCUCUUUGGCUCGGCGUCGAGUUUGCCGUCGACGGGAUCUCGCUGGUCGACGUUUACUUUCGGUUCAACUACUUUUGCCAAGUCAUUGGCGGUGAAGUGUCGUCGGACCUGCGCCUGAUUCGGCACCACUACCGCACCAAAGGCAACUUGUGGUGCGACAUCGCUGCAUCGUUGCCGCUCGAGUUGAUCGCCAUUGCUCUCCACGGCCCGUCGCACGACGUGUCCAUCUGGCGGGUCAACAAGCUCCUGCGGCUCGUCCACGUCGGGUCGCUCAGCGCCAAGACCCGCGACACGAUCACAUUGCGCUUCAAGUCGGUGGCGUGGCUGCCGCAGCUCUGGUCUUUCUGCGACAUCUUUGCCGUCUUUCUCGUCGUGGGGCAUUGGGUCGCAUGCUUGUGGUUUUACGUGUCGGUGGCGAGUGGAGAUGCGAGCAGCGGCUUUUACGCCCACCUGCCCGAGGCGUUUGUGUCGCCGCACGCGUACACGUCUGUGGACACCCUUCAGUCGGCGUACGUCAAGUCGUUCUACUACGCGAUGACGUCGCUGUCGAGCAUCACAUUCGGCGACAUCUUUCCCACGUCGCUCGCCCAAACCAUCGCCACGAUCUUUAUCAUUUUCGUCUCGCUCACGGCGUACGGCGUCCUCACGGGCGGGUUCUCUGAGAUGUUUGAGGUCGAAUUCAAGAACCGGUUCAAGUUUGAAGAGCAGACGAGCACCGUGUCCAUGUUCCUCAUGCAUCGGCAAUUCCCGCGCCACUUGACGAUCCAAAUCCUCGAGUACUUUCGUAACAUGUGGGAACACUCGGAGGGCGUCGUCGAGGCGCAGGCGCUCGCACCGCUCUCGAGCGCGCUACGGGAAGACAUUGCUGUGUACGUCAAGCGCGACCUCAUCACGAAAGUGCGGCUCUUCUCCGAGUGCGACCAAGACUUUACGCGCGCGAUCGUGUCGGUGCUUCAGGCCGAAUUCUUUGUCGCCAAGGACGUGAUCAUCCGCGAGGGCGACUACGAGCGCAGCAUGUACUUCAUCCACACCGGGUUUGUGCUGGUCACGAAUGCCGCCAAGAGCUACGAAGUGAUCAAACAAAAAGGCGAAUACUUUGGCGAGAUGUCGCUGCUGCACAACACGCCGCGGUCCGGCAGCUGCAGCGCCAUCUCCAACUGCGACAUGUUUAUCUUGGACCACGACUCGUACGAGUACGUGCUCGAGCGGUUCCCGCAUUACCGCGCGCGAAAUCUGCGCAAUUGGUGUGCAGCAGCCGUGAACCCGUUGAUGCAGCUCAAGGACGUCAGUGCGUCCAAGCCAGGGACUCCGUUUACCCACCACGAAACGACGGACGAUACCGUCGACGUGGCUCCGGACGGAGACUUCCAUCAGAGCGUGAUCCGCGAUUUGGGUGGUGGGGCGGCAGCCUUGCAGCUCCAAUCGAUCUCUGACCACGAGCAGCCAGCAAACGAACCACCUGAAGCGGAUGCGACGCUGUCUGAUACGUCCCCUCCGUUUGAUGUCGACUUGUUGAAGCGCACGUCGCAACUCCUCACGCGUGAUUCACUUCUCCACUCGUUGCACUCUCGUACGCUCCAUCCUGCAUCGUCGGUCCAUCGCGACGGGAUCGGACCCAUGCACGUACCCUCGGCCAUGUCGAGACAAUCCACGGCGUCCAAACUGCGAGAAACUUCUUCUCACGCGCGAGACCUGCGCCACCAGCUCGCCGUGCCCAAGUCAUCGCUCAAUCUAAACGCAAAUGCUGUCCUAGCCUCCAUUAAGGCGCCGACGGCGGGUGUGGACCAUCCGAUGUCGGAGGACGCGACCGACGCUGGAAACGCCGUCACCGCCCUCGUCGAACAUGACGUAGCGUACGAUAGAACGUUGUCCAGCACGUUUUCGCGACGAGAAGCACGGUCGCAACCGACCAUGGACUCGGCUGCAAUGCGACGAGUCUCUGCCGUGUGGGACGAUGUCCAAGCAAGUCCACGAUUCAUGCAGCACCAGCGCGCGCAUUCGUUGUUUCACGUCGGUGGGAUCGCGGGCGUCGAGCCCCUUGCCAGUCAUGCUGGUGCUGUGGUCAUCACGAAUGAAAUGGCCGCGAAUGCCGCCAAGAUCGCCGCUUCCAGCAUUCUGCGGAGUCGCGCUGUGCAUACCGCCGCCGCGUCGUCGUCGCUGGACGGAAUGGCGCGGCGUUUGAGUAUUGAACAUGUUGCCCGGACAACCCCUCGGUGA